AUGGUGAGGAAUCAACAGAAGGAAAGUAAUAAUAAGUCCAAUACGUUGUUAUGUGGGAUUUGUAAUGUUAACCCCUCGAAAUAUAAAUGUCCUAAAUGUAUGAUACCGUACUGUUCUUUGUUGUGCUUUAAAGAUGAAACUCAUGUUGUAAAUCAUAAGGAGUCGUUAUCAAUUGAUUCUACUGCAAGCCACGAUAACAACGGAAUCAUACCACAGAUUGGGAUUGAUGAUAAAACUACUGAUUCUCAAGUACCAAGUAAUAUAAAAUUUGAUCAAAUCAUAAACGAUCCUAUAAUUCGAUCGAUGCUACAAGAAAAAUCAUUACAAUUUCAUUUAUUAACAUUAAUUAAAGUCAUGAAAUCACCUCAAGAAUUGAAAUUAAAUAAUGAAAUUGUCAAUAAUCGAGAUAAUCGAUUAUCAAUCAUGAAUUCAAAGUUAAACGAUUUAAGAAUAGGUGGAUUAGAAGAGAAUCUUAUGAUUGAAGAAUUUAUUCACCGAGUUUUAACUAUUUACAACCAGGAAUCAUAA